AUGAUUGGAGCCCUGCAUUCUGGACUCAUACUCUUCGCUUUUUUGGUGGUAUGUGAGAGUGAGCCCACACAUGCUGGGCCAGACAGAAUGGGAGACUCGCAUGGACAACCCAGACUGGCCCAUCUAACUUCUCACUGGGCAUUUCAGCUGGUCAAUGAUUCACUGGCCUUCUCCAGGGCUGACAGCUUCUGCAGAGGUCAGUUCAGCUCCCUUGCCGACCUCGACCAAUCAGAUGAGCGGGAAGGGGUGAUGGAGCUGCUUCAACAGACAGGACUUCGCACACCCAUCUGGGUUCGAAACCCCAGCAAGGCGGUCAACAAGCCUGUGGCCCUGUCAAAGCAAUAUUCUCCAUUCUCAGCUCUAAGCUUCCCAAGGGAUUCCCGCGAGGGGUUUGUUCGUGUCAACAUGUCUUUUCCAGCCCUGUCUUCAGUUAGUGUGUGUGUCCGUGUUCAGUGGAACUCUGAGUGGAAUGAGGUGUCCACCAUCUUUUCCUACGCUGCACCUGUCAUUACCAAUGAGUUCCAGCUAAGAGGCCAAGUGGACAAGCAGGGACGCAUCCUCCUGGCACUGAUUAUCCAUGGGAAGCACCUGCCUUAUAAGGCAUCUUUUCCAAAUGAUGGAGCGUGGCAUCACAUCUGUGUCAUGUGGCGGCGUAACAGUGGCCACUGGGCUAUUUAUGUGGAUGGAGAUAAAAAGGACUUGGGCUCAGACACGGACACUUCCAGGGAUAUUUACGGAGAUGGGAUACUCAUUUUGGGUCAGGACCAAGACUCAUUUGGUGGGAAUUUCACAGAGCCCUUUUUUGGAAAUAUUACUGACCUGAAUGUUUGGAAUAUGACUCUGGAAACAAGGCAUGUCCUUGCCCUUAACGCAUGUUCAUCCAUUGACCAGGAAGUGGUCUUUAGUUGGAACCCCGACCACCUCAUCAAACACCCAGUGGUCAAAGAGGAGCAGGUCCAUCUGUUUUGCCGAGUAGUCCUCCAGCAGAUGGCACUGCAGGGCUGCAGGACACUGCAGGGUUGGCAGGAUCAACUCCCUCUCUUGGUGGUGACGGAGUGCUCUGAUUCGCUGCCGUUCAUCUGCAGGAGCAGCAGAGAGCGCUACCUGAAGAUGAAGCAGAUGAGUGAUUCUCAGAACCUGCAGCCCUCUGCCUUCAUGAACCAUCUGAUGAAGCUUUCCAACAAAACACAGGCCACACUGGGGCAGCAGCCGUCGGAGCUGAGCAGCCUGGCUCAGGCAUCUGCCCUACUGGACGUCUCUGUCCAGGCCCUGGAAGACACUCAGGAAGAACUGCAGCCAACAGACAUGGUGGCCCUCAUCCAGCUGCUGUCUCUGGCUGCCGACGUCCCCACGCUGCCGCUCGCCGAUGCCACCAACCACAGCCAGGACAGAGUCCAGGAGCUCAGCCAGCACUUCAUCAGUGUGGCCGACAGCAUCAUCAGUGAAGACAACGCCCUCAAGUGGCAGGCCAUCAAAGAGGUGGUGAGCGGCCCCAUGGAUGUGGUCAAGAGCAUCGACCGGAUGGUGACCAGCCUGAGCCCCCGCUUGAUGGCAGAGACUGACCGCCUGACCAUUCACAGCCCCAAUAUUAAACUGGAGGUGCAGCAGCAGAGGCUGCAGGACGGAUCCAAAGGUUCCAGCUUCUGCGGGCCUGAGACAGACAAACACACCAGUGUAGACUGCAUUUCAGUCCCACAUCACAAGAUACAGGAUCUCCAUAACAACGGCUUCCACCGGCUCACGUUGGUUAACACGUGGUACGGCUCGCUGCGGCCUCUUUUCAAUCCGGGGGAGAACAUCACCAUGGUUCCUACUGUCACUGACGGCAGCCAGAGUUAUUUGGGCACUGUCCUGGGCUCCUCAGUCAUUUCCACCACAGUGCUGGGAGACGACCAGCCGGUCAGCACGGCGGUUCACUUCAAGCUCCAGCACAGAGCGCAGAAUCCUGCUGGUACCGUUUACGAUCCAGUGUGUGCCUUCUGGGAUUUUGAACUCAAUCCCGAGGCGGGUGGGUGGUGGAAUACGAAAGGCUGCGAGGUAGUGUCCAAACAACAUGGAUACACUGUGUGCUACUGCAACCACACCACCAACUUUGCAUUGCUUCUUCAGGUUUAUGAAGCCCAGAGGAGCCCAGAGAACGAAAAAGCUCUGCAGGUGCUGACGUUCAUCGGCUGUGGAGUGUCUCUGUGUGGCCUCCUCUUCACCUUCAUCCUCUUCAUCGCUGUGGGUGUCCCUAAAUCAGACCGAACCACCGUUCAUAAGAACCUGAUCGUUGCUCUGGGCAUCGCUGAGCUGCUGCUGAUGUGCAGCGACUGGGCAUCUGCAAACGAGGCAGCGUGCUUCGUGGUAACCGCUCUUCUUCACCUCUUCUUCAUGGCAUCCUUCUCCUGGAUGUUGGUGGAGGGCCUGCUGCUCUGGAGCAAAGUUGUGUCCGUCAACAUCAGCGAGGACCGCAGGAUGAAGCUGUACUACAUCAUUGGCUGGGGACUACCUGUUCUGAUAGUGGGUGUAACACUGGCAGUAUCAGUGGACGAGUACAAGGCGGACGGUCACUGCUGGCUCAAUGUGAAGACUGACACCAUCUGGGCCUUCGUGGGACCUGUUAUAUUUGUGCUGGCCGUCAAUGCGGUAGUGCUGUGUCGGGUUGUCAUGGUGACGGUUUCCAGUGCUCGCCGCCGGACUAAGAUGCUCAGUCCAAGCUCGGCUUCAAAGAUGCAGACCUUUGACCUCACCUGGGCUGUGACCCGGCCAGUUCUCAUCCUGCUGCCUGUGCUGGGUCUGACCUGGCUGUGUGGAGUCCUCGUCCAUCUGUCUGUAGUCAUCGCCUAUGUCUUCAUAGCUCUCAAUGCAUUCCAGGGCCUGUACAUCUUCUUAGUGUAUGCUGUUUACAACAGUGAGGUGAGGAAUGCCAUAAAGAGGAUCAAAGAAAAAAGGAAGGCCUUAUCUUUCACGAACUGCUCGCAGCCAACUAGUUUCCUUCCCUCCCAGAGGGCCCCCAUUUCCUCUUGGGGCCACAGUGCUCUGACCCCCUCCAGCCCUGAGACAAGUGAGACCUCUGGACCCCCCAGCUCCGCCUCCACAUCGCUGGUCAUCAAGAACGAGAGCUUCAGAAAGGAAAGCUUUGUGACAUUCUCUUUGAAACCAGCAUCAGGAAACCAAGUGGUCCAGCUGACCGGAUUCAAGCCUUCAGGUACAACUCUAACAACCCGAUGCUGACCUGUACUCAUUUAAGGUUGUUGAACUGCAAGUGGAGUGGAUCCCGAUACUCAGCCACAAUAAACCGUGCACCACGCUGCUGCAGAAAGGAGGAUGUGGAAACACACAGAUCCAUCUCGAAGAAGUGUACCAACACACACACACACACACACACACACACACACACACACACACACACACAGUCACACACACACA